CAUACUCUGGAUAUAUAAAUCUGUAGCAGGCCUGCAGACAAGAUUGUGUGUGUGAAGGUGGGGUUAUCAGACGUUAUCAAGAGUUGGUGUGAGGCCUCAUCAUGGACCGUGUGGGAAAGAUCGUGUUUUACGAAGACAAAAACUUCCAGGGUCGAUAUUAUGAAUGCAGCAGCGACUGUCCGGAGCUGAACACUCACUUCAGCCGCUGUAACUCAGUCCGUGUGGAGACUGGGUCCUGGGUCCUGUACGAAAGGCCAAACUACCUGGGCUACCAGUACAUCCUGCUCAGGGGGGAAUACCCAGACUACCAGCGCUGGAUGGGCUACAACGACAGCAUCAGGUCCUGCAGGCUGAUACGAUAUGUCACCGGCUCCUCCGUUAUCCGCGUCUACGAGCGUCCUGACUUCGGCGGUCAGAUGUACGAGAGCACCGAAGACCUGAGCAACCUCUCCGAUCACUGGCACUUCAACGAGGUCCACUCCGCUCAGGUGAAGGAGGGCGCCUGGGUCUUCUACGAGCUGCCAAACUACCGCGGCCGGCAGUACCUGCUGGAGAGGGGAGAGUACCGCCGCUACACCGAGUGGGCCGCCAUGAACCCCAACGUGGGCUCCUAUCGCCGCGUGGUGAACUUCUAGACUGUCCGACCUUGAGUUUGUGUUGAACACCGUGUUGUUUGGAAGUGAAUAAAGACGAUUGUGCAGAGUAUGUUCAUCCCUACAUGUUCUGCUUGUGUAUUUGGUUGCUGUUCAUCAGAAGUGGAAUCAUUACUAAGAGAUGUUGUGCCGGCUUAGAUAACAAAACCUGACUCCCCACCAGUGUGAGAUCUCCAAUAAACAGCUUUGAACAGAUCAUGAUGAAACACUGGACCCUCUUUGGCUUUUGGAUGACCCGCUGUGACUCUGCAAAGAUUGAAUAAAGCUGCACCAACCUCAGACACCCGCUUCAUGACCGAGCCUUUCUUUGUUCUGGACACCAGAAGAGGACGUUUGAUUCUGCUGUCAGGCCUUCUUUACCUUUUGUUUUAGUUCCUGCAGACUUUGAUAAACUGCAUGUACACUAAAGUCUUUAAACGCCUCACAAUGUGCAAACUUUCUUCAGC